CUCCUUCCGCCGCCGUGAGUAGAGGACCUAGGCCGGAGCGGGCGGGGCUAGACUGGCUAUCACCUCUGCCCUUUCCCUUCUCCAGUCGCUUGGCUGAGGGAAAACCUGUCCCGCAGUGUUGCGCGUCUUUGACCUUCACCGUUGAGCGGACGCCGGACUGUGGGAGAAAAUCAGGGCAUGAUUACGGCGAAACUUCGUUUUCGCGGGCCAGUUUCUCCCUCCCUUCCGCUCGGCCCCGCCUCGGCUCCUGCCCUGACCGUAGUCCGCUGGAGGCGGAUUGCUGAGCACCCGGCUCCCACCAAGCCCAGUGCCCACUGAAGGAGCGCGCCCCGUCCGGCCUUAACCCUAGCGUCGGACCGAGGCCCUAUGUCACGGCAACUCCUGAUAACCUGCGAUCUUCUAGACUUCUUUUCGUGAGGCUCCUGGCGGUAUCAUUCAUUCGGUUAUUUAUCGGUCCUGUAAUAUCGCAUAGAGGAACCAGACCCCCCUCGGUCUCUGCCUUCAUUCAGCGUUGUUUCCUUAUCUUUAUUACUGGGCCGACGUACAGUUUGAACUUUGUUGUGCCGGCCUGACAACAUCGACUCACCUGUACAGGACUGUACCUUAAAUUGUUUCAAUUAAGCAAUUUCAUAUCAAGAGCUCACCUUACAUUUAUACACCCUGUAGUAUCUUUGGCUAAAGACAUUUGUGUUCAUGACACCACCCUCUCAGCUGAGAAUCCGUGUUCGUCUUCCUCUGUGUCAGAGAACCUGUGAGAUGUUAGUUCAAUUAAAUGAUGCUGUUUGGAAAAAUUUCCUGGCAGUUAUGUGGCUUAAAGAAACUCCCAUGGUCAUGUGACACCAGAUACUUCUGGGGCUGGUUGAAUGCAGUGUUUAAUCAAGUAGAUUAUGAACGCAUCAGGAAUGCUGGGCCCGACAGGGCGGCCUCCGAGUGGCUGCUUCGCUGUGGAGCCAAGGUACGCUACCAUGGCCAGGAGAAGUGGCAAAAAGACUACAACCACCUCCCAACAGGCCCUCUGGACAAAUACAAAAUCCAGGCCAUUGAUGCCACUGACUCUUGUAUCAUGAACAUUGGAUUUGAUUACAUAGAGGGCCUAAAGCAUGUUGAAAAUAUAAGGCUCCGCAAGUGCCAUUAUAUCGAGGAUGACUGUUUGGAGAGAAUUGGCCAGUUUGAAAAUUUACAAAAAAGCUUGUUGGAGAUGGAAAUAAUUUCGUGUGGCGGUAUCACAGACAAAGGCAUCACUGCUUUGCGUCAUUUAAGAAACCUCAAGUAUUUGUUGUUAAGAGAUCUUCCUGGAGUAAAAAAUAAAGAAAACCUUGUCCAAGCCUUUAAGACAACACACCCUUCUCUGGAACUGAAAUUAUAUUUGAAGUAAAAUAACAAUAAUCAACAAUCAGUGCCUUAUUCCAUGCAAAGUAUCAUUGAAAAUUGUUGAUCCUAAACAGCAACACAUAAUUAUAUAAUCAUCAAUGAAACUAUAAAGAUACCAUAUUUAAAAACAAAGUCCAUCAUAUAGAAAAUAAAUAUUCAGAGAAGGCUCACUAAAGUUACUAAACUGAAAAUGAUGUAAACCAGGUAGCAUUUUAAUUCUAAUAUACUCCUCCUUUUAUAUAGAUACCUGUAUAGGUAUCUCUUGAUUGAGAUGCUGACUUGAGUUCUUUCAAGUUACUUAAAUGUACAACACAGAUAUCCUUUAUUGUGUUUUAACAGUAAUUUAUAUUACAUUUUACUUUAAAGUUAGCGAAGCAUGUUACUAUAAUGUACAAUUAUGAAAAAUUGAAAGCUAAAUUUCUGAUUCAUCAAUGAAGGCAAUUAUGCAGUGUAAUCAGUGGUUAUUGAGGCAUUCAUGCUGCUUCCCAGGGCUUGCAUGCUUUUCUCAUGAUCCUGCAUUCCUUUGCUUUUUAUAACAGACACCGUUUCUUUGAAUGAGUGGUUUCUGGCUAGUUUGUCUAUUUGGUAAGUUUAGUCUGGUGUUUUAUUAAAAGUAGACAUAAUACUUGGCUGAAUUCAGAUAGCUCUGCUGACUGCAGUAAAGCAGAGGAAACAAGCUUGAAGACCAGCAGAGUUGUACUUACUUUUUGCUUAAAUUAAAAAAUAGCACUAAACAGAAAAUUUUAACAUGUCAAUUAGAAACUGAUUUUUAUUCCCCCAUAUACAUUGGAUACUAUUUCCUAUGAGCUCAAGGGACAUCAGAAAGGAGUAUACACAAAAUUCAGUUUAUAGCUAGAAAGCAGUGAUAAAGAAUAUCAUUAAAUAAAAACAUUAUUUUUACCUGCUUGAA